UAUAUGCCUCCUGACCGUUCGGUAGAUUUUGAUUUUACUAAGAGAGGGUUACUAGUAUUUGCUGACAAAUCAGUUGCUGCUGGGAGCGUCUAUACACCUUGCAGUUCACCUGAACUCAAAGCAUCUACUUUCACUCCAAACCUGGGAGUUAAUGAAUUUAACACAAUCAUCCGACAGAUGGCAAAGGGGAGACAAAUAGAAUCAAUAAAGAUUGAAAAGCCUUCUGUUGGAGGUCUUGGAUUUAGUGUGGUUGCCCUUAAAAAUCACAGCUUGGGAGAAGUUGGUAUCUUUGUCAAGGAAGUCCAGCCAGGAGGCAUAGCUGACAGGGAUCAAAGACUGAAGGAAAAUGACCACAUACUGGCCAUUAAUUGCACCCCAUUGGAUCAGAACAUUUCCCAUCAGCACGCUAUUGCCCUCCUCCAGCAAUCCACAGGAUCUCUACAUCUGGUUGUUGCUAGGGAGCCAGUUCAAGGAAACAGCAGAACUUCGGCUGUCUUAUUAAGUGAUAUAAAUCCACCUGAGACUAUUCACUGGGGCCACGUUGAAGAUGUUGAGCUGAUUAACGAUGGUUCAGGAUUAGGCUUUGGAAUUGUAGGAGGAAAGUCGAGUGGCGUAGUUGUAAGAACAAUUGUUCCUGGGGGAUUAGCAGAUCGGGAUGGGAGGCUCCGGACAGGAGAUCACAUCUUACAGAUCGGAGGGACCAAUGUGCAAGGAAUGACCAGUGAACAAGUUGCCCAAGUGCUGAGAAACUGUGGGAAUUCUGUUAGGAUGAUCGUUGCAAGAGACCCAAAGUGUGAAAUUAUGGAGACUCCACCAGCUCCUGUGAGCUGGCCAGUCAGUACAUUACCUUCCUUUCAAAAUGGAAAUGGUAAUACCAACCUUUUUGAGACCUAUGAUGUUGAACUUAUAAAAAAGAACGGGCAAAGCCUGGGAAUUACAAUUAUCGGAUAUGCUGGCACAAGUGAUGUUGAACCUUCAGGGAUUUUUGUGAAAAAUAUAAUACCUGGUAGUGCUGCUGACCACAAUGGCCAAAUUCAUGUUCAUGACAAAAUUGUUGCUGUUGAUGGAGUUAAUAUACAGGAUUAUACCAACCAAGAGGUGGUAGAGGCACUGCGUAACACAGGACAGACUGUACGCCUUACCUUACUUAGAAGGAAACCUUCUUCUACUAUUUCUUCAGAAAGACCUUCAGAUAGAGUGCAACCAACUGUUCCAACCUUCGUGUCCCCUGGAGCUAUAGGGACUGAAACUAGUGUGGACAUUAAGAAUGAGAAAAACCAAGAAUGGAAGGAUAGUCUUCAAAAUGACAAGAAGCAGAGUCUACAUAAAACAGGAAGAGUCCCCCUCCCUUCAGCACGUGAGCUGAAAUCCAAGUGGGAAAACUUGCUAGGACCUGAAUACGAAGUUAUGGUUGUGAAUGUGGAUACACCCAUUACAGAUGAUUCAGAGCUCCAGAAGUACUCGAAGCUAUUACCCAUCCACACUUUGAGAUUAGGAGUUGAGCUCGAUACGUUUGAUGGACAUCAUUAUAUAUCAUCAAUUGCUUCAGACGGUCCAGCUGCAACACUUGGUCUUCUGCAGCUGGAGGAUGAACUUCUGGAGGUAAAUGGAGUUCAGCUAUAUGGAAAAUCACGCCGAGAGGCAAUCACUUUUCUAAAAGAAGUGCCACCCCCAUUUACACUGGUUUGCUGCCGGCGACUUUUUGAUGAUGGCAGCGAGUCUCUUGUGGAUGAACCCACCGUGAGAGGUUCCCCUCCAGAACAAAAGGUGAAACCUGAGGAAGACAUUAAUCCUGAGGAGGAAGGGGAAUUAGCAUUAUGGUCUCCUGAUGUGAAGGUUAUUGAACUGGAGAAGGACAAAAAUGGUUUAGGAUUCAGCAUUUUAGACUAUCAGGAUCCCUUAGAUCCAACAAGAACAGCCAUUGUGAUCAGCUCUUUGGUGGCAGGCGGAGUAGCUGAACGUGGGGGCAAGCUUUUACCUGGUGACCGCUUGAUGUUUGUAAAUCAGACAUAUUUGGACAGUGCCACUUUAGCAGAGGCGGUGGAAGUGUUGAAAUCUGUACCUCCGGGUAAAGUUUCCCUUGGAAUCUGCAAGCCUUUGGUGGGAGAAAGCAAAGAGGAGGAGAAUAUGCACAGUGUCGAUUCCAGCAACAUUAAAACCAGCCUUGGAUCUGCAGAAGCAAUAGAUAAUAUUAAUUUCUCCCUGAUACUUGAAGCACCACAGGGUUUCAGAGAUGAAACACCUUUUAAAGAAGAACUUGUUGAUGAACCAAGUUUGGACUUGGGAAGGUCGUUUCAGCUUUCUCAAAACAAUAGUGAGUAUGAGAAGGAGUCCUGGGAGAUGCAUGAAUUUCUGAAACCCAGAACAGAAGAAACAGAAGAAGAACGGGAAAUGUUGGUGGAUGAUGAGUAUGAAGAUUCAGACUUCUUGAAAUAUAAUGCGUCACAUGGACAGAAGGCCACUUCAGAGAGGAACCUCGAUACAGAACUAUGGGCAAAGCAACUUGAGACUACUGAAAUACAAGACUUAAGAUCCAGUGUUAACUUAAGUCCAAAACAGUCCCUGGAAUAUCCAUUCAAUAAACAUCAAAUGUGUGAAGAAAAUGCUAGUACAAGUUCACUAUUUUCUGGAACCGCAGUACACAGUGGCUACCAAAAAGACAUAUUUGAUACUGAAACUACCCAGUCAGGAGCAGAAAACAAGAUGGAUUUAGGUCCAAAGCUUCAGAUUGACUCUAAAGAACCUGGGCUUGUUGUUGAUCUGGAAGGUACUGAAAAUGAAGAAUUAAAAGGGGAGGAUUCUGUUUUUUCCAAGAAGCUGGAAUCUAGGAGAGUAACCACCUUAGCUCAGCCUACGACAGUGUUGUGCAGUGAAUUACCUGAGAGAGAAGAAGGAGAAGGAGAAGAAACUCCAAACUUCAGCCACUGGGGACCACCACGGACCGUUGAGAUCUUUAGAGACCCUCACGUGUCUCUUGGAAUCAGUAUUGUUGGUGGACAAACUAUCAUAAAGCGCCUGAAGAAUGGAGAAGAACUUAAAGGGAUCUUUAUCAAACAAGUUUUGGAAGACAGCCCAGCAGGAAGAACAAGGGCUUUAAAAACUGGAGAUAAAAUACUUGAGGUUUCUGGGGUAGACCUACAAAACGCCACACACGAGGAAGCAGUAGAAGCUAUCAAGAAUGCAGGAAAUCCUGUCGUGUUUGUGGUUCAGGGUUUGACUAACAUACCAAAAGUGGUUUCCACCGUACAGCCUAAGGGAAUGAAAGGCAGCAGAGAUCAGGACGCAGACAAAGAAAAUAAGAGUGAAAAGAGAAAAUAUGGGGCUCCGCCUCCAAUGAAAUUGCCACCUCCUUACAGAGCACUUGAAAGGCUGCAUGCAGAGGAAGCUAACAUGGAUGAAGAGGAGGAUGAGGAUGCUUGUGCAGAGAAAAAAAUCAGGCAAAGAUAUGCAGAUCUACCAGGGGAGUUGCACAUUAUUGAGCUUGAGAAAGACAAAAAUGGGCUCGGACUGAGUCUUGCUGGCAACAAGGACCGCUCUCGUAUGAGCAUCUUUGUAGUUGGUAUCAAUCCAGAUGGACCUGCAGGACGAGAUGGAAGGAUGCAUAUUGGCGAUGAACUUCUAGAGAUCAACAAUCAGAUAUUGUAUGGAAGAAGUCAUCAGAAUGCUUCUGCAAUCAUUAAGACGGCCCCAUCAAAGGUCAAGCUAGUUUUCAUACGAAGUGAAGAUGCAGUCAAUCAGAUGGCUGUUAUUCCUUUCCCAUUACCUUCCAGCUCUCACUCUUCUAUUGAGGAUCAUGGUGGCACUGAACCUGCAAACAGCGAAGAAGACCCGAGUUUGGAAGUUGUCAUGAAGAGCUUGACUGAUGAGGAAUCCAGCAAAGCUGAUGUGAAAUGUAAAGCUGACAAGCCAGUGGUGGUGGUGGAUCAGCAGGAGAUAGAGGAGCAGCUCCCCGAAAAUGUCCUCAACCAGAUCAAACAAUCCAAAUCUUCAACAAAAGCACCAGUCAACUUACAGGAGAUACCCCUGGUGCCAGCACCUACGUAUCUUUCUCCAGAGGCAGAAGUCACCAACUGUAGCAUCUUUCCACCUCCACUGCCUGUGGAUCCAGCAACAUGCCCUAUAGUUCCAGGGAAGGAGAUGACUAUAGAGAUAUCCAAGGGUCGGUCAGGCCUAGGGCUCAGCAUCGUCGGGGGGAAAGACACUCCGCUGGAUGCCAUAGUGAUCCAUGAAGUUUAUGAAGAAGGGGCAGCAGCCCGAGAUGGCAGGCUUUGGGCCGGCGAUCAAAUUCUGGAGGUGAACGGGAUCGAUCUGCGGAACGCCAGCCACGAAGAAGCUAUCACUGCGCUGAGACAGACGCCCCAGAAGGUGCAGUUGGUUGUUUAUAGAGAUGAAGCACAUUACAAAGAUGAAGAAAACUUAGAGAUUUUCUAUGUAGAUAUACAAAAGAAAACGGGCCGAGGCCUAGGGCUCAGCAUAGCUGGAAAACGAAAUGGAAGUGGAGUGUUUAUCUCUGACAUUGUUAAAGGAGGAGCUGCAGACCUAGAUGGAAGAUUAAUUCAAGGAGAUCAGAUUUUGUCUGUAAAUGGAGAGGAUAUGAGAAAUGCCUCACAAGAGACAGUUGCCACUAUACUUAAGUGUGCCCAAGGCCUAGUGCAUCUUGAGCUUGGGAGAUUGAGAGCUGGAUCGUGGCUAUCAUCACGGAAAACAUCCCAGAACAGUCAGGCGAGCCAACAGAGUGUCCACAGCCACUUCCACCCUGCGCUUGCUCCGGUCCUCUCUACCUUACAGAAUUUUGUCAGCACGAAAAGAUCUUCAGCAGAUGUGUCUCAGAGAAACUCAGUAGGAGCAGAUAUGGGCCCAAGGACUGUGGAGAUAACAAGGGGACCAAAUGAUGCACUUGGUAUCAGUAUAGCAGGAGGGAAGGGAAGUCCAUUAGGAGAUAUUCCCAUCUUCAUCGCUAUGAUUCAAGCCAGUGGUGUGGCUGCACGUACCCAAAGACUCAGAGUUGGAGAUCGGAUUGUCAGUAUUAAUGGGCAACCUUUGGAUGGGCUGUCUCAUGCAGAUGCGGUUAAUCUACUAAAGAAUGCUUAUGGGAGCAUUAUCCUGCAGGUUGUGGCUGAUACCAACAUCAGUGCCAUUGCUACCCAGCUGGAGAGCAUGUCUGCAGGAUGCAACCUUAACUCUUCUUCUGAGCAUCCUUCUGAAGAUCCCGAGGAGCAGCUGCGGACGAUGGCAGACUGAAGCGCGGCGAUCAGAUUGUAGCAGUUAACGGGGAAGCUUUGGAAGGUGUGAGCCAUGAGCAAGCUGUAGCUAUCCUGAAGCGCCAGAAAGGAACUGUAACAUUAACGGUGUUAUCGUGAAUGUCAUUGCGCUCGCGGAGAUAAAUACAAUUAUUUUAGAACAUCAGUAGAGCUAUAAUAGUCCUGUUCGGCCCUGAGCAGGAUGUAAAGCAAACCCUGGCAAAAACGAAUCGAUACUCACCCCAUUGCCAGAAAGGGUAGUGUGCAUCUCGAGCUUCAUUUAGCCUUUCCCAUUUAUCAGCCUUUCUCCCCGCCCUCCCCUACUUCUGGUGGCUUUUGAGGUUUCUCUGGACAAGUUUAAUUAAGAAACUUCAAAGAACAAUAUCCGUUUUACUUUAUUUGUACAUCAGUUUAUCCCCACUAGUCUGAACGCCAGUUACAACUGCUGAACCUGGAAUCAGUUCGCACACAAAAGAGAAUUUAGAUCAUCAACUGAUCUCAUCUGAUGAGCAGAAAUAAAUGCCGAGUGACUUGUCAUCUCACUCAUGAUUUACUUAUGCUAAUUGUCCUUUCAAGUAUGCCAGAAAACAUUAGCAAUGUAAUUAAAUUACCACUGUUCCAAAUGAUGAAAUAUCAAAUUCUCCUCUGGGAAAUUAUUUGUGCUCGGCACAGUAAGUCUGAUAGUCAAAUGUGAACUUCUCAUGUUUAUCUCUUUGGGUAGGUCUAUGGAAGUUAGUCAGAGGUAAUUACUGUGAUGUGUCAAUUUGCAGCCUUUAGCAUGAAAAAUAAACUAGGGGAGAGGGAAAUUUUAUUUUUUUAGGCUUUUAAAAUGUUUGAGCCUUUUCAGAUAUUUAGGCAGCAUGAACAACAACAACAACCUAUCUCGUUCUAUUCUAAUUAUAUUUUUAAAGAAGAAGAACUGUGCUGAUAUAUGCCAGGCGUGUUGCAUACAAAGGCAGUUGUUGUUGUGCCAAGUUGAAGCAUAAUUGUUCAUCCUGAAACUUUAAUGAAGACAAAAGUUUGCUUCGGCAAUGUGAUCCUGUAAUUCUAGUCAUGAUGGUGAGGAGUCCCUCUGCACAUUGUCUUUAAGGAUAGUUGAAGUUAAUCCGAACCAGCAAAGCAUUUUACAUUUUCAGGAGUCUCCCCAAGAUCAGAUAGUACAGGAAGAGGCUUUCACGGAUCACAGAGGAUGCUUCUCUCCUGGGGCUGCUGGAGUUCAGUUUUGGAUAAUACCAAACCCCAGGCUGGCUGCCGUGCCCACCCUCCCCAGGGCAGAGCAUGCAGAAGAGGCUUCUUCAGCCCCUUCCAGCAAGUCAGAUGGCUCAGGCAAGGCCCCGAUUAUUUUUUUGGUUUAAGCUAAGCCAGGCAAGAGUACGCUGAAGCCCACGAGGAGCCUUCCCAAAGCCUGUCCCGCUCUGCGCGGUGGAGGUGGGAUGCAGGGAACAUUCAGCCAGAAGUUCACAACGUGAUUACGUGUCGCAGCCAUUCCUGCAGUGAUUAUAUGACCGUGGCCUUAGUGAUUUAGCAAAUGAAUUUGGCAGGCAGAUUAAUGGCAAUGCAAGUCAUUGUGGUUUAAUCUUCCUAUCCAGAGGAACAGUAGGGUUUUAGAGGAAGCAGCCCAGUCUGAUUUGGACUAUUUGGUAUCAUUUAUAACGAUGAUGUAGCUGGGAGAAAUGAAGGGGGGGCAUAUCAAAAUUGGCUGCUCAUUUUAUAUGAAAAAUCCCUCGAAUUAAAUGGAAAGAAGAUUCAAAAUCUGCAGUACAAUAACUGAGAAGCACAGGGUUUGUGUUAAAGGUACUGUUGUUUGGUAUCUCUGAGCUGGAGCAGGUAUUUCCCCAUUUUACUGAGAAGAACAGGUACUGAAAUGAGGUGACCUGCACUGGAACAAGCGAGCUGUGAUCAGCUCCCUUUGAAACGGUUUUCCUUAUUUCAUUGAAAAGUUUUCUUUUGGUAAUCACGAAGUGCAUUUAGCCUGCUGGAGCAAUUAGUGGGUAUGCCGUUAAUAGUGCCUGGAAGAGACUUCAUGUUUUCAGUGGAUUCCCACUGUACUGUUUGAUUUGCCAAGUGAAGUGUUAGUGGAACCUCGACUGUAGAUACACAGAACUAUGUCCAGAUGUAGCAAAUUGGGAGAAUUUUUAACAAACUGCCUUUGGUUGCAAAAGUAUCCAAGGCAUGCAGAAGUUAAGGGUGGCUAGGUGAAGUGUGAAGAGGUACCCUCAGAAAUCCUGUAUGGAAUUUAUGAACAGAAUGUAAUGAUU